CGAACUUGGACCGAGUAGCGAAGUAAAUAUAUAAUAAUAUUAAUAAAUUAAACAACAAAUUUAAUAUCUUUUGGGGAUAAGAAUUAUCUAGAUGAGUUGCAUACUUACAUGGAGCACUAUAUAUAGAGGAAUGUUAACACAUUGAUCUCACCGACAUGAAUGGUUACUUAUCAGAAAAUUAAAAAGACAAUAAGAAAAGAUUAAGAGCAAAUGGGUUCCUUAGUGUCAGGAUGGGACUCUCGAGUAAGCGAUCCCAACUCAGUGAGACGGUGCAAGUCAUUAACAAGAGAAGAAAUCGACACUUUUUGGAAAACAAAGAAGAAGAAUGAAGAAGAAGAACAUGUUCAAGCCGUUUCCAAGUUGGUCACUCAGGAAGGUGCACAAAGCCAAGCGCAAGAGGAGAAGAGAGUAGAGGAUCUUUUUGAGAACCAAAGCAAGAGAAGUGGAUGGUGGAGAAAAACCAACUGGGCGUUCUUGAACGAGCCAAGGGAGGAAGAGGGUCGACAGAACAAUUACGUGCCGCAGUUCAAAGUGGCUCACAUCGCCAAAAUUGCGGGCUCGUAAUGAAGCUAUAAUCACCGGCUAAUUACAUAUAUAUGUCGUAUGAAAUGUGAUUAGUCGUCUGCGGUUGUGGUUUAAUCACCGGCUAAUCACAUAUGUUGGCCGUGUUAGUAUGUGAAUGUGAGUACAACGUGUAACAAAUAAUGGUGUAGGGUUUUAAUCUGAGAAUGUUUUUUUACUUUAUUUUUGUUUGUAUGAACGAAUGUGUUUUUACUUUAUAUGUGUCCUUGUUUGUAUUUUUUUGGUUGUGUGGGGGUGUAAUUUACUUUUUUUUGUGUAUCUUUUAACCUUUUUGAUUUGUGUUUUUUCCUUGAAUAUGAAAUAGUUUGUGCUUA